AUGGGACCGGAUAUCAUUCCUCGCUUGGCCGUUGGCCUAAUGUACCUUGAUGCUGUCACCGCAGCACCUUCAGACGCGCCGUUCAACCUGCGUCCAUUCAAAAUCGACCUUGCGAAGGGUGUGCCGCGGAUGCUGGAUCUCGUCAGAGACACUCGCCUUCCCGAGAAACCCCAAUACCCCGGUGUUGGAUCUAACUGGGGCAUUGAUCUGGAUGUGCUCAAAAGCCUCCAGAAGCAAUGGUUGGAAAAGUUUGACUGGAAAAAGGAGGAAAAGUCGAUGAAUAGCGUGUUCAGCUUCAAGCACUUUACAGCAGACAUUGAGGGCUUGAAUAUCCACUUUAUCCAUGAAAAGUCUAAGAAUCCCGACGCUAUACCGCUCAUUUUGAACCACGGCUGGCCGGGAUCGUUUCUUGAGUUCGCACCCAUUAUCAAGAAACUCACCGAGACGGCCAAGACUUCUACCGGGAAAUCGGUUUCUUUCAACGUGGUCGUGCCGUCAUUGCCAGGCUUCGCCUUUUCCUCAUCGCCUCCCGGAAACUGGACCCUUGACGAUACUGCUCGCGUGUACAACACGCUCAUGACCAAGGUACUCGGCUACAAGACGUUUGCCGCGCACGGAACGUCUCAUGGGGCGCCGCUUACUUUUACAUUGUACGAUGUGUUCAACACAACAACGAGGGCUGCACAUUUUGUUUUCAUUCCUUUCCUCCCCACGCCGGCUGAGCAGAUCACAGCCAUGAACAUCACGCUGUCGCCGCUGGAGCAGUUUGAACUUGACAGGUCCACUGCUUGGGGAAUCACCGGCAAUGCGUAUUUCCUUGAACACACUACCAAGCCGAACACUAUUGGACUAGCUCUUUACGACAAUCCCGUGGGGCAAUUGGCGUGGAUCGGCGAGAAGUAUAUCAGCUGGUCCGACCCCAACGCUGGGAAAUCUCCCUCUAUCCUGAAUCACAAUGAGAUUUUGCGUUGUAUCUCCCUGUAUUACCUGACGCACUCGUUUGUCUCUUCCGUCUACACAUACGCACAAGACCCUGGUGCUUUCGAGAGGGUAUACCGUAAGGCCAGUACCGAUGCUCCGAUGCUGGUCAGCUAUUUCAAGUACAUGGUGCCGCAGAUCACGAGUUCGGAGGCAACUUUGCUGGGCUUGACAAUCCAGCUGCCCUGCUUGGGGAUCUGA